GGUUAAAAUGAUUGAUAUUUAUAAGACCGAGGGGGCUACCAUUUGUGUUUUAAUUUGACAAUUCUUGGUAUAUUAUAAGACAUUUUUAUUAGGACUGAUAUUAUAUGACUUUACUUGGUCACCAAUCCAUCAGUACAACAUUCUUCUCUGCACAUGACAAACCACAAACAGUAAAGUCUGCUGUCUUUUCCAGUUCCAGCAAGACCGAGGGAGUAUCACUAUCUUCCCCAGCAAGAUAACUGGGGCUUUGCAAGCAUAUUUCUUCGGACACAAGCCAACCAAGCUCCAUCACCGCUUGGCCGCUUGGGUCAAACGGGUCAAACUUCACCCAGCCAACGCCCACCCGUGCGGGCUCUCUUACCACGUCACCAUCGCGCCAGGAUGCUCUUAUAAAACACCUCGCGCCUCCCCCGCUCACCACCACCGCCCGCAUCCAAGUCCAAGCCUCCUCUCCUCUUCCCGGCCAAAGCAGAGCAAGCCAUCAGAAGCAGUGCAGAUGGCAGUGGGGUUCCGUCGGACGCUCACCUCGCUGGCGUCUUCCAAGUCGGUGGCGCCGUCGUUCCUUCUCGACUGCGCCCGCCCCAAGAAGCUGUCGUACGCGCGGGUGCGGUCCACCAGCCUCCCCGUGCGCCUCCACCCUCUGGCGGCGGCGCUGCACGACUCGGCGCGCGCGCUGCUGGCGUGGGCGGACGCGCCCGCGCAGACGGGGCCCGCGUGGGUCGCCGACGGAUCCCGGCGCGCGGGCCGCGUCCUGUCGGGCCUCGCGGACCUCCUGGACCACCCGCAGGCCCGCGACGCGCUGCGGCGGCACCCCUGGACGGAGCAGCUCCUCGACGACCUCCUCCUGCUCGCCGACCUCCACGGCUCCUUCCGCGAGUCGCUCGUGGCGCUCAAGCAGCUCCUCGCCGAGACGCACGCGGCGCUGCGCAGGCGCGACUACGGCGCCCGCCUCGGCGCCGCGCUGCGCGCGCAGCGGCGGUCGGCGCGGGAGGUGUCCCGCCUGGCCUCCGCCGCGCGCGACCUCUCCCACCGCGCCGCGCCCGGCGACGAGCCCGACGAGGCCACGCUCGCCGACGCCUUCGCGGCCGCCACGGCCGCCGUGUCCGCCGCCUCGUCCGCGGUCUUCGCCGGCGUGUCGGCCGCCUCCGCCGAGUCCGCGGCCAGCGCCGCGCCGUCGCCGAGGACGCCGACGCCCUACUCCCCCGCGCGGACCCCCGGAAGCCCGAUGUGGCUGGUCACCGACCUGCUCCGGCGGCGGCGGACCGUGUCGUUCGAGGACUCGUGCAACGAGGAGGAGGAGGAGCGGAAGGCGGCCAUGGGCAGGGUCCGCGGGCUCGAGGAGUGCGUCGACGCCGCCGAGGCAGGCUGCGAGGAGGUGUACCGCGCGCUCGUCAACGCCAGAGUCUCCCUGCUCAACCUGCUCACGCCCACAUUCUGAUUCAUUCAUUCAUUCUGACGCCCUCUCGAUCUCCUCUUCGCCUUCCUUCCUCGACAGAGAAACUCUUGGCGGAUCAAACGUUUUUGCUGUGAUGAUGACUGUGAGGCAUUCCAUUUUGGUUCUUUUUUUUUCGGUGUGUAAAUGAUGUAAAUACGUAGUACUUCGGGAUUGUAAAGGGAACUAGUUCCAGACAAGCCUGUGGAUUUUGCGCUUGUGUCCAAUUCCCGUGGCCCUCUCCUCUGCUCCUGCCCAAAGCGCGAGCCAUCUGUCUUGAUUGUUUUCCAGCAAAAUUAGCAGGCGAGCGAAGCAAAAGUUAGUUUCAAUUGCACAAUAAUGUAUUACUGCAUUGUGCAGAGAAGAAAAUUGUUCAGAUUUUCUGGAUUGUGAAGAUAAAAGAUUGUUGGUCC